CUACUGGAGUGGGGUAUAAAAAUAAGUCUCUACUUGGUCGAAAAUACCAGACAACAAACCAUUAUUUUCCUAAAUGCAUUGAUAUUGAUGCAUUUUUACUAAUUUAUGCAGUGGUAACGCUUGUUAGAGAUUACAUACUAAAAUAAAUACCGGGUGAUAGAUCGGCCAUUUUCGUCUAUCUUCGUCUAAAAGAUCACAUGCAUCUCUUCGACAUCGCUGUUGUUUCUUUUGCGCCAUUUUGUCCGCUCACUUUGGUGAUUGGGCUUUAGAACCCUGUACUGGAGCCAAUCAGAAGGAUACCGGACAGCGAAGACACGGAAGUGACAAUAACAGGAAGUGACUAGCUGACCAUGGAGUACACCACCGCCACCACCUCGACUGGGGAGCAGAUAGUCGUGCAGACGUCCAAUGGACAGAUACAACAACAGACUCAGGGCACAGUGACGGCAGUGCAGCUGCAGACCGAGGCGGCUGUAAUGACGGCCUCUGGCCAGCAGGUGCAGACACUCCAGGUCCAGGGUCAGCCCCUGAUGGUGCAGGUGAGCGGAGGGCAGUUGAUCACGUCGUCAGGGCAACCCAUCAUGGUGCAGGCUAUGGGUGGGGGACAAGGACAGACCAUCAUGCAAGUGCCUGUGUCUGGAGGACAGGGACUACAACAGAGGAGGAACCUCUGUACGUCAACGCUAAACAGUACCAUCGCAUCCUGAGAAGAAGACAGGCCCGCGCCAAGCUGGAGGCAGAGGGCAAGAUCCCAAGAAGAGAGAUGGUAUCAGAGCAUGAGGUCUGA